UGAAGCAGUAAAAAACGCGGUAUCAUCAAGUGGAAGCAGGCAAGCAGCUAUCGUCGCAUAACCUAAAAGGCUAAAACCCAAACUAAAACCCUAAUUUUCGCAAUUCCAGUUCUAGUGAGUAGUCACUGACAUACGCAAACUCCUUCUCCAUCUCCAAAAAAAUCUUUCCUUUCAUAUCGUAUGGGUCGCCGAAAGAACAACAACGAUAACAACAGCAUGAACAACCACCUUCGCUUCCAAGACGCCGACGAGGUUAUCCAGGACGCCGCCGAGAGCUCCAACCUCGACGACCAAUCCAUGUGUGAACCUGAACCAUCAGAACCAUCGUUUAUUGAUUCCGAUGACAAAACCAGCGCCGAUUAUUAUUUCGAUUCCUACUCUCAUUUCGGAAUUCACGAAGAAAUGUUGAAGGACACUGUAAGAACAAAAACAUAUCAAAAUGUUAUUUAUCAGAAUAAGUUUUUAUUCAAGGAUAAAGUAGUUCUUGAUGUUGGUGCUGGGACUGGGAUUUUGUCUCUAUUUUGUGCCAAGGCUGGGGCAGCGCAUGUCUAUGCUGUUGAGUGCUCCGAUAUGGCUGACAUGGCGAAGCAGAUAGUUGAAACUAAUGGGUACUCUAAUGUUGUAACAGUUUUGAAGGGUAAGAUUGAAGAAAUUGAACUUCCGGUUGAAAAAGUUGAUAUAAUCAUUUCAGAAUGGAUGGGAUAUUUCCUAUUAUUUGAGAAUAUGUUAAAUUCUGUCCUUUACGCACGCGACAAAUGGCUUGUCGAAGGAGGAGUUGUGCUACCAGAUAAAGCGUCCCUCCAUCUUACUGCCAUCGAAGAUGCAGACUACAAAGAAGAUAAAAUAGAGUUUUGGAACAAUGUAUAUGGAUUUGAUAUGAGCUGCAUCAAGAAGCAAGCCAUAAUGGAGCCACUUGUUGAUACAGUUGACCAGAAUCAGAUUGCUACUACCUGCCAGCUACUCAAGACUAUGGAUAUCUCAAAGAUGGCUCCUGGAGAUGCUUCCUUCACAGCACCGUUUAAACUUAUUGCUGAACGCGAUGAUUACAUCCAUGCUCUUGUUGCAUAUUUUGAUGUAACAUUUACUAAGUGUCAUAAAUUGAUGGGCUUCUCUACAGGGCCAAGGUCGCGUGCCACCCAUUGGAAACAAACAGUGCUUUAUCUGGAAGACAUAUUGACCAUUUGUGAGGGCGAGGCAAUUGUAGGGAGCAUGAGUGUGGCUCAAAACAAGAAAAAUCCGCGCGAUGUUGACAUAAUGGUCAAGUACUCGUUGAAUGGUCGCAGAUGCAACGUUUCAAGGGUUCAGUAUUACAAGAUGCGUUGAGUCAUGAUUUUCCAAUGCUAUCUAAAUUUUGCAAGAUGUUGAACAGCAAUUAUUGCUGCUUUUAUAAUUUAAUGUAGAGUCUUCUGUUUGAGGAACUGUAACUGUAUUUUCACAUUGUGCUUGUAUUCUCUUAUAAAUUCAUAGUUGCUCUUCUGGCUUUUUGGAUGUAAUGAUAUUUAAAAUAUUAUUUUAUUCAGAAUUUAAUUAAUCCCAUUGA